AUUGCUCACUUUUGGGUUCAACAAGGUCUUGCAAACAUUUUUUUUUUUUCUUGAUUGCAGUUCUUACCAGAGAGUUUAUCUUUAAAAGUAAACUGUUUUCGUCUUGCCUCUUUUCCCAACACAGCCUCACUCUGAUUCAGUUGAGCCUAAGCAGCUUUCUCUGAUUUCUUAUUUCUGUGGUGUCUGUGGACUUUCAGUUAUUUUUAUUUCUUUCAGUGAGGAAGUUUUUGACUUCUCCAGUGGUCAGAUGACACAAACAAAGGCAAAACACUUAAAGGACAGCAUGUGUAGUGAAUUCUUGCAGAUAUUUACCCUUUGCCAAUUUGUUUUGGGCAACUCUCAAAAUGUCACCCUUAUUGGUGCUACACUAGAGACCCUACUACGGUUUCUGAACUGGAUUCCCCUUGGUUACAUUUUCGAGACACAGCUGAACAGCACUCUUGUUUGCAAG